AUGCCCAAGUGCGAUUACUGCGACGUCUACCUGACGCACGACUCCAUGAGCGUGCGAAAGGCGCACAACAGCGGUCGAAACCACCUCCGCAACGUCGUCGACUACUACCAACAAAUCGGCCAUGAAAAGGCACAGUCCGUCAUCGACUCCAUCACCUCGUCCUACGCCGCCGAAGGCCAAGCGCACAACAACCCUAUGCUGCCGCAGAACCAGCCGGGCCAGGCCUUCCCGCCGCCCUUCCCCUUCCCUGGAGGUGUACCGCCGCCCUUCCCCGGCAUGCCCGCCGGCGCGCCCCCAUUCCCUCAGGGAAUGAUUCCUCGUAAGUCCCGCCUCUCCCACUACGAUUGCCAUCGUCGACAACACGCGUCUGACAUGCUUGCGACAACAGCUCCCGGUCCAGGUGGUCGCGGAAUGCCGCCCAUGCCCCCCUUCCCCGGCGGUCCCAAUGGAGCGAUGCCCCCCGGCGGCUUGCCGUUCCCUCCCCCGGGAGGACUUCCUUUCCCGCCUCCCGGCGCACCGGGCUCUCUGCCCCCGCCCAACUUCCAGUUCCCCGGCAUGCCGCCACCAGGUGCCGGCGGCUUCCCUGGAGCACCUCCAGGCGCGUUCCCUCCUGGUAGCGCACCCCCGGGCCAGGAAAAGAGAUGA